GCUAGUUAGUCAAUGUAAAUCCAUAUCUGAAAGAAUGUUACGGUAGUACGGUUAAGUGCAUUUUUUUUAUUCACAAAAUGCGAUGUUAUCUUCAUGCACUUCUACUGUGCAUGGUCUUUGCUGUCUUUUCGGUGCUGUAUGUUUUUAAUCAACUACCGGUAGCCUCGUCUUUUGAGUCGCAAUACGAAGACGGAUGGACCGACAGAAGAACAAAACAAUCCAGUGGCAGGCAACCCCGAUUUGGGGCCCAAGACACUGGGCACAUAGUCAGGAAAGGUGGAGUGCCGAGCCUUUUUGACCAUCAAGAAGAUGACAGGACCAGGGAGAAGCCAGCCUCCGGCAGCGUCCAGGAGGCCACUAGAGAUGAGCGGAUCCAUCUGGCUGUGGUGGCCUGUGGUCCCAGACUCGAGGAGACUCUCGCCAUGUUAAAGUCUGCUCUCCUCUUCGGCGCCAAACCGCUACACUUUCACAUUUUCGCAGAGGACCAUCUGCAUGGCAGCUUUGGACAGUCUCUGGACUUGUGGCCCAGUGUCUUCCAGACCAGGUUUAACUACACCACGUACCCCAUCACCUUCCCCAGUGAGAACGCCAAGGAGUGGAAGAAACUCUUCAAACCCUGUGCUUCUCAAAGGCUCUUCCUACCGUUGAUCCUAAAAGACGUAGACUCUCUGCUGUACGUGGACACCGAUAUCUUGUUCCUUCAGCCUGUAGAGGAGAUCUGGUCCCUGCUCUCCCUCUUCAACUCCACCCAUCUGGCAGCCAUGGCCCCUGAGCACGAGGAGCCGCGCAUCGCCUGGUACAACCGCUUCGCACGGCACCCUUACUAUGGAAAGACCGGGGUCAACUCUGGGGUCAUGCUCAUGAACAUGACCCGGAUAAGAGAGAAAUACUUCAAGAAUGACAUGACGUCAGUCCCCCUCAAAUGGGUGGAGCUGCUGAUGCCACUUCUCCAGAAAUAUAAACUCAACAUCACCUGGGGAGACCAGGACCUGCUCAACAUCAUAUUCCAUCAUAACCCAGAGAGCCUGUAUGUGUUCCCGUGCCAAUGGAACUACCGUCCAGACCACUGUAUCUACGGCAGCAACUGUCUCGAAGCCGAACAAGAGGGCGUCUUCAUUCUCCACGGAAACCGAGGCGUUUACCAUGACGACAAGCAGCCAGCGUUCCGGGCCGUCUAUGAAGCCAUCCAGAAGUACACAUUUGGGGACAACCUAGUCCAGUUCCUACUCCUCCCCCUGGAGGCAAAUCUUCAGGAGACCAAACACACCUACUGUGGAAGAGCCAGCCACAUGUUUACUAAAAGGUUAAAACAGAGCAUUGGUGUACUUCAACAGGAAACCAUAGAGGGAAGGUGAUGUAUACCACUAGACUACCACUCUCCUCUACCAUCAAUGGCUGACUGACACUCUGUGGCACACCUCUAAACGAUGUCCCCAGGAGUACAGGGAGGGCAUACAUUACUGGCAUGUGUAUAUGAUCCCGGGCGGGAUUUAGCCCACACUCUUUCCUCAACCGACCAUGCCCAAGUUAGAUGAAUCCGUCAUCUGUUUACAAAUGGACAACAGCUACCGGUGCGUCAACACUCCUCCAAAGACAAUUUCAAGGGGGAAGAUGAUCAGUGUAAUACAUUGUCUGUUUUCCUGUGGAACCGUUGUUCCUCAGAAAGUCGUCCUGUUAACGUGAUCAUCAUCAGGUUAGAUAACUGCAGUCAAAAUGUGUGGGAAAGCACUGAAAUUAAAUCUCUUUGCCCUCGACAGAAUUGGACAUUUCUAUCAUCUGACUGCUAAAAAUGGUACACUUUACAGUCGGUGUUGCUGUGUGAUUUUCACCUGUGAUGAGAAUGUCACGUCUGACAAUCGCAUUCAAGGAAGAGAACCCAUCACGGUUCUUUGUAUGCCCCUCAUGAUCAAAAAGUAUAUAUAUUUUUUUAAAGUAUAUGUUAAUAUCAUAUCAAUUAGAUUUAAAUGUUAGAAUUAGAUUUAAAUAUACGUCUGCAGUGUCAUGAAGAAUGACAACACAUUGGUUAAAGCUUGUCAUAACUAUUCCAUGAAUGCAGUUUCAUUUGUACAAAACUUGAUUGUAAACAAAUGCUAAAGGGAAGGAUUUUGAGGUUAGAAUCUGAGGAUAUCAAUAUUGGUGUUAUUGAUAUUGAAUGUUUUUUUUGUUUUUUUUUCACAUUUUGUUACGUUACAGCCUUAUUCUAA